ACAGCUCUGCCCUCGCACAGGAGAAAAGGAGUGUGGGGAGAACAGGUCUGUCUCCCGCUAAAAGAGGAGCAGAAGAGGAGAGGGGAGACUCCAGCCCCCUCGGCCUGGAGAUGCACUAGGACAAAUGAAAACAGAGCUGUCAUUGGAAGCCGGUUUUCUCUGUGAUAUGGACUCAACCUGAAGCUCGUCACGUUUCCUGAGCUGAGAGGACUGUGAAGAGAGGGCGCUGGUGGAGUUUACACAGUGCCCUGGGGGGCUGGUACCUGUAGAUACACCUGCACACAAACACUGAGGGAACAGCAGGAUGGAAGAAGCAGCAGAGGACAGGGGCAAGAUGACCAGCCAGCAGGCUCUGUGUGCCCCGGACCAGAAGACCAGCAAACGUGCUGGCAUCUCCACUCUCAAAUUGUUUAUUGUGGCGCUCUCCUUCGCCUAUUUCUCCAAGGCCCUGACAGGAACCUACAUGAAGAGCUCCAUCACUCAGAUUGAGAGACGUUUCGACCUCUCCAGCACCCACAUUGGACUCAUAGAUGGCAGUUUUGAGAUGGGCAACUUGUUGUUCCUCGCUGUGGUCAGCCAUUUUGGUGCAAAGCUGCAUCGGCCCAGGCUCAUUGCCAUUGGCUGUUUCCUCAUGGCGGUGGGGGCCUUUCUCACUGGCCUGACCCACUUCUUCAUGGGACGCUAUAAGUAUGACACGAUCAUUCAGGUUUUCCAGAAUGACAGCGUGAACAUCGCUGCCUGUGUGGACCCUCUGAAAACACUGGAAGUACCGGAAAUUCAGAUAGAGCCUUCUUUAGAGGACAACAAAGCUUGUGUGAAAGAGUCUGGUUCCAAUAUGUGGAUCUACGUGUUCCUGGGGAACGCUCUGCGGGGGAUUGGAGAGACCCCAGUCACACCUCUGGGCAUCGCCUACAUCGAUGACUUUGCUAAAGCUGAAAACUCACCAUUCUACAUAGCAUGUCUCCAGACCAUUACUCUCCUGGGCCCCAUGUUUGGUUUCCUCCUGGGCUCCUAUUGUGCCAAACUAUAUGUUGACAUUGGAUAUGUUGAUAUGGAAAGUGUGACCAUCACUCCUAAAGAUGCCCGCUGGGUGGGUGCCUGGUGGAUGGGCUUCCUGGUGUCCUCUGCUCUCCUGCUCAUCUCCAGCAUCCCAUUCUGGUUCCUGCCCCGCUCACUGCCCAAGCAGGGGGGAGAUGAGGGCAAACCAACACUAGUACAGGAGACCCUGGAUGGGACAGAUGAUGCCCUCAACAACAACCACAACCUCAAGUUUACUGAAAUUGCAAAAGGGUUCCUUCCGUCGCUGAAACGCCUGUUGGGAACUCCUGCCUACUUCUUGCUCCUGUGUGGCAGCGUCCUGAAGUUCAACUCCUUCAUCGGCCUGUUCACCUUCAAAGCCAAAUACAUGGAACAACAGUUUGGACAGUCUGCAUCCAGAGCCAACUUCCUUAUAGGUGUGUUGAACCUGCCAGCGGUGGCAGUGGGGAUCUUCCUGGGAGGGCUGCUGAUGAAGAGGUACAAACUGAGUGUGGUGUCAGGAGCUCAGCUCUCCUUUGCCACGUCCUUCAUGGCAUACCUCCUCCUGCUGCUGCAGUUUGGCACCAAGUGUGACAACAUUCCCGUGGCUGGCCUCACCAUUUCAUACAAUGGGACGCCGAGUACAUCAUACGAAAGUGAAAUGCUCUUCUCAGAGUGUAACAGAGACUGCUCAUGUUCGGCAGAGGAGUGGGACCCUGUGUGCUCAGACAGCGGCAUCACCUACAUCUCUCCGUGUAUGGCUGGCUGCCUCAGCUCCAGUGGAUACGGCAAGAACACAGUCUUUCACAACUGCAGCUGCGUGUCUGCCUCCUACCCAGCGGGCAGCAGCACAUCAGUGAAGCUGGGCCAGUGUCCCCAUGCCAAGGACUGCAGCCGCAGUUUCACUUCCUACAUGGCUGUAUCUGUCCUCAGCUCCUUCAUCAACUCUCUGGGAGCCACACCUGGAUACAUGGUCAUCAUACGGUGCAUCUCACCAGAGCUCAAAUCGCUCGCGCUGGGUAUGCAGGCCUUGGUAACCAGGACUCUUGGUGGAAUUCCUGCACCAGUGUAUUUUGGGGCCCUGAUUGAUUCAACUUGCCUGAAGUGGUCGAUCAAGAAGUGUGGGGGCAGGGGCGCAUGUCGCAUUUAUGACUCUGAAAUGUACAGGAUCAUCUUCCUGGGUCUGAUCACUUGUCUCAGCGGUUCCUCCUAUUUCUUCAUCAUUGCCGUCAUCGUUCUCCUCAGAAAACAGUUUCGAAAGCCAGAGCAGGAAACAGAGUCACAGCAACCGAAAGCUUCAAAGGAAAUCGAACUUAAGGCCCCAUCGAACCCCACUAAGGACCAGCCCAGCGCUCCUAAAACUCCCAAAGUGCCUCACGCCCCAAAUGUUCAGGUAAGGACUGCGACAGAACUGGAGGAGGGGAGGGAGGUUUGUAAAAGAGAGCAGCCCGCCGAAGAUGGCAAACUCAUCUCCACAAGUAACACACAAGAGAAGCAACAGUCCGGUUCCCUGACACAGAUCACUGUUGAGCUCUCUCCACCUCCUGCUGAUGGAGCAACGUCAGAGCUGCACGAGCUGACGACAGAGGAGGAGGAGGAGGAGGAGGAGGAGGAGGAGGAGAGGAAAGAUGAAGUCUGCACGGAGUCGAACGCGCAGGUGGAUAAAGAGAAGCCGGACCCUCAGAACGAGCUAAAGGAGGAAACACAUCACAGCAAAGAAACUGACGGCCAACAAAACUGAGGAUAGAGCUGUUGCAUCUUAAACCUAUCACUUAGUCAUGAAGAGACAUUUUCCACAAUUCAAAAAUACUGACUCAUGUGUGCACUGAUUACACAGCAUCACUGCAAGUCAUAGAACAUUAGUGUCAACCUAUUGGCCAAAAUAAAUGUUUCCCUUUUUAUGUCAGUAAAUGAUUCCUUGAAUGUGUCAUGCUACUGUUACAUUAAAUUUUACAGAUCAGAUGUGUGCACAGUCUCCUCUCAAAAACAUUAAUCAAAUCAAUGUUAACACAACAUCAUGCUAUGGACAAAGUUUCUGUUUGGUCUCUUCCUCACAAGUGGCUUAUGUGCUAAAAGUGAAAAUUGAGAACAGAAUUUUCAAAUGUGUUAUUUAAACCAGCAGUAAUUCAGUUUUUUGGCCACUUGGUGGCAGCGGAACAAGAUGCAAAUACAAUCCUGCAAUAUUCUCCCCUUAUAAAGUUGAGGGGCAAACAUGCUAGCAAAGAGUGGCUUAUUUAAACCUUGAGCAGACACAGAGCAGCAUUAGCAUUCAUUUGGAGUCGUGUUUCUUGGCACCUGAUGAUCACAAGUCAAAUAUUCACUCUCCUUUUAGCUCCUGAGUUUUAAUCCCCAACAAACCCUGAAGAAAAUAUCUAGUCCUUUAGCUGCUAAAUCCUGCACUAUGUUCACCAGCUAGUUGUUAACUUUGUUUUUCUGCUGUUGGACAAGCAGUGUACAGUUUUAUUGUUUGUUUAUUUUUUUUGCUGAAAGCAGCUGCCUUUGAAAAGACACUGAUUAGAGCUGUGAGAGUGAACCAAAACAGUACAGUUGUACGCUGUAAGACCAGAACAAUGAUAUAAAAGGUGAUAUAAAUCUCUGUAGAAUGGACAGGAACUGCAGAGUUAGGUGAUAAUUCUCUGUGUGUUUGACACCUUUCACAUCACACAUGCUGUAAUGUGAAAGGUGGAGCUUUCGCUCCUUUGUUGACAUAAAAAAAUAUUGAUUAUAGCAGCUUUAAGUUUUGGUAAAAGGUUGUUUGUCUAGUUUGGAGAUGGUAUUAAAAUUGACAUUUAUGUAUACAAUAUCAAAGAUUACUUUCAUUUCUCUCUAUUUGAAUGCUUUCUUUCAACCAGUACUGUUACUGUGUGCACAUAUAUGUAUUCACAUAUAUAUAUCUCAUGAAUAUUACGCUGGAGGAAAAACUACAUCACUUUUCACACACAACAAUGAAACAAACCUCCAACCUUGAUGGGCAAAGAGCUGUUCAUUUCCAUGCAUUAAUUAAACAACUGAUAUCUGUUUUCCCAGUACAGGUAGGUGUUGGUAAUAUUAACAGUUUAUUUCUGUGUACUGUAUUGAUGCAUUAUGAGCCUGAGACAGUACAA